AUGUUGGAUGAAGUAAAUCUAAACCAAAUCAAUGCAAUCAAGUCUGAGUGCGACAAAACUCAUAAUCAAUUUGUUAGAAAAAGAAAAUUGGAAGAUUAUGCUGAUGAUAAAGAAAAUGUAAAGGACCAGAAUAAUGAAAAAAAAAUUGAAUUUGAUGAAGCUGAUGAAGCUAUUAAUUUGAAGAAAUUAUUAAAACAAAAAGAAAUUGAAAAUUUAAGAAUGAAAAAGGAACAUAUUGAAGCUAUUCGAGUGGAAAAAUACAUGAAUCUUCAAAAAUUGAAAAAAGAUGAAAAAGAUGCUCAUGAUAUAUAUCAAAGAAGUAAAAACCAAAGAGAAAAGGAAGAAAAAGAAUGUACUUCUUUAGAUUUUCAAAUGAUGAAUAUAAAUAUGCAAUUAUUAAAACAUGGUGCGUACUAA